AUGCAACGAGUAGAGAACAGCUCAGCCGAAGAGGACUACCUGGAGCAAUGCUGCGAGCAGGGAACCCGAUGGGCCGAGCAAAAGUUGCGGUGCGAAAAAUUCGCCGGAGCCGUGCCGGGUGUGCCCCGCGACCAGCAGCCAUCGUGCUUCGAAGCCGUGGACAUUUGUUGCCGCAAGGCUUUUCAGGAUAUGGAGUGCGAGCUGGGAAAGCAGGACGCCAGAGCCGGUAGAGUUUGCCAAGGGGCGGACGGCGAGAUCAGAACCAGGCGCUCGGCUCUGGGAGUCGGUGAUUUUCGCCACGACUGCUGCGAGGGGUGCAAGCUCGGCAUAGCAAGCGCCUCGAGCGGCAAGGCAUGCGCUCGCAAAAAAUUCAGCCUAGGCCCCGCGUGGGACCCGUCAUUCAUGGAGUGCUGCAACGACGCCAAGACCAGCAGCUCUGCUGGCACCACCACCAUUUCGACAAGUACCUCCGUGGCUACGGAGUUCGACUACUACGACGACGGCAGCGACAACUCGACCUCGACAUCUACCUUUGAUUCUGAUGACCUGUGCAAGCUCCUGAAGGGCCUGCUGUGCUCGGAGAUUUGCGUACCCACCCGGGGCUCGUACUACUGCAAAUGCCACGAGGGCUCGAUCCUGCAACAAGACGGGCGCACGUGCGUGUCCAACACGACGACGAUCCGACCUACGACCAAGACGACGAAGAAACUCGCCCGAGUAUCCAGUUAUGGGAAAAAAACGACACUGACCAUCGGGAAAAAAUCGACGUUGCCGUUGACGGGCGGUGGCCCAGCGAAACCAAGGACGACCCGAUCGCUGCCCAUCGAGGACAACGAACUCAAUCUGCCCUGCCCGUCCGGGUACCGAUUCAACGCAACCGACGACUCGUGCAACGACGUCGACGAGUGCCUCGAGAGCACCAGGCCGGGUGCCCCGUGUCCCGCGGCGAGCGAGUGCCUCAACACCAACGGCUCGUACAGGUGCCUCGGGAGCGGAUCGCCAGCCCCGUCGGUGCGGGGCGAGGCCGGCGGCUGCGACCUCGGCUACAGCUGGAACGCAACCCUGGAACGGUGCGUCGAUGUGGACGAGUGCUUGGAAAACAGUCACAAAUGCCUGACAGAGUCGGAAACGUGCAUAAAUUUGGAGGGAUCUUACGAAUGCGAGAUUAAAUGUGAGCGGGGAUUCGUUUUCAACGGCAUUUUCGGAGCUUGUCUCGACAUCAACGAGUGCGAGGAGCUGAUAAACAUAUGUCCGCAACUCGACACUAUUUGCAUCAACACACUCGGAGGCUUCGAGUGCCGAAGUCUCCAAUUGUACGGUGAGCCGAACUACGUUGGUAACGGCUCUGACGAAAGACGACCAGGCGAUUAUGAAAGCAUCGACGAAGGAGACAUCGACGAGUGCCAGGUGCACCAGCAGCCUUGCGCAUCGGGGGAGAUAUGUCGCAACACCCCAGGGGGCUACGACUGCAUACCAGCUGGUUGUCCCCGUGGCUUCGACCAAGUGGGCGACUUUUGCCAGGACAUUGACGAGUGCGAGUUGAACCUGCACGCGUGCGCCCCGUACGAGCGCUGCCAGAACACCAAUGGCUCCUUCACGUGCGAGUCCCCGCGGCCUACCCGACCACUCAGCACUACCGAACCCACCAAGAUCCUUUGUCGCAAGGGCUUCAAGCUAGACAACGAAACGGACAACUGCGUCGACGUGGACGAGUGCGUCGAGGGUCCCGGAUGCAGGGAUCACGAGAGAUGCCGGAACACGCUCGGUAGCUACGAUUGCUCGCCUCUGUGCGGGCCAGGCUGGUACUUCAAUUUGAAGACGAAAACGUGUCAAGAUGUCGACGAGUGCCUACUAGGGCAUCACAACUGCCGACAGCGCACCCAAUACUGUCGCAACACGAACGGGUCUUACGUGUGCGAGCCCCUGACCGCCUGCGCCUCGGGUUACCGUCGCAUUCACGAUGGCAGCUGCGUGGACGUCGACGAGUGCCUCGAAGGAUCGCACACUUGCUCGCCCUUGUCGCAUCGUUACUGCGUGAACCGCGAGGGUGGCUACGAGUGCAUAACCCGGCUGCCCUCGUGCUCGCGUGGCUUCGAGUACUCCCUGCUGACCCGCGACUGCGAGGACGUCGACGAGUGCCGCGGGGGCACCGCCACCUGCGAUCCGCGGCUCAACGAACAAUGCAUCAAUCUUCCGGGGAGCUACAAGUGCGAGAGACGACUACCGGACAUCCCCUCUCGGAGGCUAAAGAAGAGACCUGCUUGUCCGGCCGGGUACACUUACGACGCGGCGCUGAGGAAGUGCUCCGACAUCGACGAAUGCGCGGAAGGCAGUCACAACUGCGGUGAACAACAGUGUUACAAUCUGCCGGGCAGCUUUCAGUGCGCCAAGGCGCCGCUUCCGGUGACCAGGCGGAGAUCGAGUACGACCAAGCAAGAACCAUCGAGUCCUCCCGCUGUGCCGGUAAAGUGCAACGUGGGCUAUAGAUACGAAAAAUCGCGAAACGGUUGCGUGGACACGGACGAGUGCACGGAGUCAACGGACACGUGCAGCAGCAGCAGCGAGGAGUGCGUCAACACCCCGGGGUCGUACAGCUGCGCGUGCAGGCCGGGCUUCCGCCGGGACGAAUCGACGGGCGGGUGCGUCGACGUGAAUGAGUGCCUACUGCACAACGAUUGCCUGAUCGGCCAGCGCUGCGACAACACGAUCGGCAGCUACGCGUGCGUCAGGUUUCUACCCUGCGGCACCGGUUACACCCUCAACGCCGCGACCGAAAUCUGCGAGGACGACAACGAGUGCGUCCUCAACACCCACGACUGCGGCUCGGGUUACCACUGCAGGAACACCCUGGGCAGUUACAGGUGCGACAGGAACAGGCCGGGUGGCGCGACCCCGAGGAGGACCCAAGUACCGAUCACCACCACCACCCACCGGGCUAUCAAUGCGACGUCCGCCACACCGAAGCCGAGCGUCACGACUACGAGUAAGCCCAGCACGAGUACGGUCGGGAUGAAGUUUGUGCCCAAGACGUCGACUCAAGCCACAACAACGAGCAAAAAACCCGAUCUGGCGCCGACGAGUACUACCGAGGUGGUGCCGACGGUCGGCACUUUGGUCACUUCGGACUCUUGGAAGUCCAAGGUUACCGUCACGAGACCGAGAACCAAUUGUCCGCGAGGCUUCGAGGCCGGCGCCCUUGGACAGUGCAUCGACGUAGACGAGUGCCGUCGUAAUGUGAAGAUGUGCGGCAACCAGCGCUGCAUCAAUACUCUCGGCUCCUUCAGGUGCGAGUCGAAAACGUUGUGCGGCAUCGGUUACGCGCCCGAUCGGGUGACCGGCCACUGCGUCGACGUCAACGAGUGCGCCGAGGGCGUGCACAAGUGUGGGCCCGAACAAACGUGCGAAAACCGGCCAGGUGAAUACGUCUGCUACUGCCCACCAGGCCACGAAGUGAGCGGCAGCUACAACUGCGUGGACGUAAACGAGUGCAAGCGGCUGCCUGGUCUAUGCGGCAACAGCGGCCACUGCGUAAACACCCCGGGCUCGUACACCUGCACCUGCAAGCCGGGCUUCAAAAACGAGCCCGGGCGUCCCGGUUGCGCCGACGUUGACGAGUGUCACUCGACUCCCGGUGUCUGCCAGCAAGAGUGCUACAACACCUUCGGCGGCUACCGGUGCGAGUGUCGCUUUGGCUACAACCUCAGGCCCGACAACCGGACCUGCGAGGACGUCGACGAGUGCACCGAGUUCAAGGACCACAAUCUUUGCAUCGGCAUAUGCGACAACACCCCCGGGAGCUAUGCGUGCAAGUGCCCCGAGGGAUACAGGCUCGGGGACGACGGACGCACGUGCAUGGAUAUCGACGAGUGUUCGACCGGUAACGUGUGCCGGCACCCCGACGACAUCUGCAUGAACCUCAAAGGUGGCUUCAGAUGCAACAGAAUCGACUGUCCGCCCGGCUACGUCCGCGACCACCAAAGACUCAACCGGUGCAUGCGCGAAAAUCUCCACUGCCCAUUGACCGACCACGCGUGCAUCCAGCGCCCGGUGCACUACACCUACAACUACAUCGGCAUUGUGUCCAUGUACCCGAUCCCCGUGACAACGGGCCAAGUCGAGCUGUUCACGAUGCGGGGCUCGUACAGCGUGCCCAACUCCUCGAUUCGUUUCGGCAUGGCCCUGAUAAACGCCCGAGCCCCACCGAACGUCCUGCUGGCCACCGAGGCGUGCUUCGCCCUGCGCCAGCCGUUCCACUCCCAGGCCGUCCUCGUGAUCACCAAGAGCCUGCAGGGACCCCAGGACAUCGAGCUCGAGCUGUCCAUGGAGAUCUACGGGCCCAACAACGCCCUCGCCGGUAGCGCCGUCGCCAAGAUCUACAUCAUCGUCACGCAGUACGAGUACUGAGACUGCGUUUCGCCCGGGGAUAACAGUGUCAUUGAUUUCAGGCGAUUUGUACGAUUGCAUGUGGAAAUC